CUCUGCAACAGCACCCUCGACUGCCGUCAGCCUCGACUGCCGUUGGUCUUGUCCGACGCCGAGAGCCAUGUCAGACAUCAAGAUCCGGCCCAUCUCGCACGAUGAAUUCAAGGAGGCCAGCUCCAUCAUCCUUGACCAGCACAAGUGGCCCUUCAUCCAGCCCGACCUGGACGUGCUGGUGAGCAGUCCCUCGUCCAACUUUGUCGCUGCCACCGAUGCGUCGACGGGCUCUCUCUGCGGCCUCAUCAAUCUCGUCAUCUUCCCAGCCCUCUCGUCGCCAGACGACAAGCGCGGCUACAUUGGCUGUCUGAUCGUCAAGGAUGAGUACCAACGAAAGGGCAUCGGCAAGAAGCUGCUCCAAUGGUCCUUUGACAAGUGCAGGGAGGCGCGCUGCUCCACCGUCUGGCUCUCGGCCACCGAUGCCGGCGCGCCACUGUACGCAAGCCUGGGCUUCCAUACGACGGGCCGCUCGGCCGUGUAUGUCAAGAGCGGGCCGGCAUGGUCUGCGGGCGACGCUGUCAGGGAGCAGCCGCUGGAAGCGGCGAGCAAGCUCAUCUGGGCCUCGGUCAAGACGAUGAAGCGGGACAGGGCGCAGCUUUGGCGAGAGGCGACCAGCAUGAUCAACAAGAGUCUCGACGAUGACAGGACGUCGCUCGUCGACGCCUACGUCGACGAUGCAACCGUCUUCUUUCUCGCUUCCUCCGACGACGGCGGCGGCGAGACCCGCGUGCAGGCCGUCCUCGUCUCGCGGCCAGGCUACCGUAGUCGCCAGCUGCUGGGCCCCGUCUGCGCGAGGAGCGGCGAGGGUGCUCAGCUUCUCUUCCAGACCGUCACAACGGCCGGUGAUGCUGGCAGCAGCGGUGGUGCGGACACGGUCGUCUUUGCCAUUGCAUCAGACACGAGGUACGACGGCGGCGCAUUCGACGCCUUCCUCGGCCAGGCCGGAGGAGCGGCGGAAGAGUGGACGCUGAAAAUCAUGGAGAUGCCCAUGGGAGCGGGCACCGUGGCAAAGGCUCCCACCGACGUCAAGCAAUUGGCAUUGAUAGAUCUCAGUUUCGACUAGACUCAAGAAGAAUAGAAAUGCAAUCUCUACUUCAUGAUUGAAUGAUUGAUGCACAU